AAUAAAAUGACCACAGGCGGUGAGAAAUGAGUUUGUGUUGACUUUCUUCAUGAGGGCUGAGAGAUGACCAUGAACGGCCGCUGGUCCUUCAACACCCUGGCCGUCAUCUUUAUUCUGCUGUCCACUGCAGCUCUCUCUGCGCACUUCAGGGUGUGUGAGCCUUACUCCGACCACAAGGGGCACUAUCACUUUGGUUUCCACUGCCCUCGACUCUCGGACAACAAGACCUACAUAUUCUGCUGUCACCAUAACAACACGGCCUUCAAGUACUGCUGCAACGAAACUGAAUUUCAGAGUGUGAUGCAGCUCAACNGCAUAAGCAACACCACUAACUUCCAUCAUCAUCCUUUCUUUCACUUUAGUAACUACACUGCUCUCAUCGGCGUGUGGAUUUAUGGCUUUUUUGUCAUGGUCCUCCUGGCUUUGGACUUCCUGUACUAUUCGGCUAUGAACUACGAGUUGUGCCGGGUCUACCUGGAGAAAUGGGGGCUGGGAGGACGGUGGCUCAAACAGGCCAGGAGUCAAUGGCACAGCAUGGCUCAGGAGGGCGAACACAACAUGGGAUCAGGCCUGAGUCAGCACCAUGCGCGGCACAGUUUGAGAGGAGAAGCACAGAGCCCUACGCUCUUGACCUUCCAGACCUCAACAGCCUGGUGA